GAAUAAAGAAAAAGGGACAACCGUAAAAUGCGGGUUUGUAUGUCUUAUUCGUCCUUCAUGCUCCAGGCAGCAGCUUUCUUACUGUUUACUGCUGUCUGGUCUCUUCACGGCUUCACUUCACUUAUGCUGUUUCAAAGAUUCAGAUCCGGGUGAGACUCCACUCUGCCCCGCUCUCUAAAUCCUUGCUAUUUUCGUGUUUUGAGUGCAUUGGUUUAUUUCCUGUUUAUUUAAAGAAAAAAGGAAAAAAAGAAAAUAUAUCCCUAUUUUCUUUAUACGCAUGAGCUCUUGAGAGUUGAGAGAGUGUUCUACAGAAGUUAAUUUGGUGGGCCAUGAAGCGUUGAAGUAAAUUUCACGUAAGAAUCUUGGAAGAAAUGGAGGAAAUACAAUCCCAUUCAGAUCAUUAUAGGUCGUCAUCAUCUUCAGCGAGUAGUCCUGCAAGUAGGGUACCCUCAAGUAGUUUCUUUUACCUAAGAAAACCUGGAGUACUUAGGCAACCCAUAUCGUUUGAGGACUCACCAGAGUGGGAGACAGACAUUGAGGCGAAGGUGGAUGAAGGAGGCGACUCUUCUAUCAAUGUCGUGACCACCCCAGCCUCCCCAUCCCUUUCAAAGAUUAACAGUGGUUCUUUCUCAUCCCAGCCCUUAACAGCAAACAGAGGUGUAACACGAAACAUUGCUGGGGCUUCCGUGGCAUGGAAGGACUUGACUGUUACUAUAAAUGGGAAAAGAUCAUACUCAGAUAAGGUGAUUAAGAGCUCUAAUGGUUAUGCGCUGCCGGGGACAAUGACUGUAAUUAUGGGUCCUUCUAAGUCUGGCAAAUCUACUCUUCUCAGGUCCCUUUCAGGAAGGUUACCUCGUUCAGCCAGAAUGUAUGGUGAGGUGUUUGUUAAUGGUUCCAAGUCACGGAUGCCAUAUGGGACCUACGGGUUUGUUGAGAGAGAAACCACUCUUAUAGGAUCACUGACAGUACGUGAAUUCCUAUACUACUCAGCAUUGCUUCAAUUACCUGGUUAUGUAUGGAAGAAAAAGAGUGUGGUGGAGGAUGCUAUCAAUGCCAUGUCACUGGGAGAUUAUGCUGAUAAACUCAUUGGAGGUCACUGCUAUAUGAAGGGUCUUAGGAGCGGCGAGAGAAGGCGUCUCAGCAUUGCUAGGGAACUUGUUACGAGACCACAUGUUUUGUUCAUCGAUGAACCUCUUUAUCAUCUUGACAGUGUUUCUGCACUCCUGAUGAUGGUUACACUGAAGAAACUGGCAAGUACAGGAUGCACUUUAAUAUUCACCAUUUACCAAAGCAGUACUGAAGUAUUUGGUCUCUUUGAUCGAAUAUGUCUCCUUUCAAAUGGAAACACACUCUUCUUUGGUGAAACACUGGCUUGCUUGCAGCACUUUUCCAAUGCUGGAUUUCCUUGCCCGAUAAUGCAAAGUCCUUCCGAUCACUUCCUGCGUGCCAUAAACACAGAUUUUGACAGAAUUAUAGCAAUGUGCAAAAAUUGGCAGGAUGAGCAUGGAGAUUUAUCAGCAGUGAAUAUGGACACAGCUGUUGCAAUACGUACCCUUGAAACAACAUAUAAAAUCUCAUCCGAUGCCGCUUUAGUUGAGAGUGUGGUUAUGGAGCUUGCUGAGAAGCAAGGUCCGCCACUAAAGAGAAAAGAGAAGGCUAAUUGUGGGACACAAAUUGCCGUUUUGACUUGGAGAUCUGUAUUGAUCAUGUCUAGGGACUGGAAAUACUACUGGCUUAGGCUGAGUCUCUAUAUGCUUUUAGCACUCUGUAUUGGCACUGUCUUCUCUGGUUUGGGUCAUUCCUUGUCAUCUGUUGCGACAAGAGUUGCAGCUGUCUUUGUAUUCAUAUCAUUCACCUCUCUUCUAAGUAUAUCUGGAGUACCUUCUCAUAGAAACGAAAUCAAGAUAUAUAGCUGCGAAGAAUCAAAUGGGCAUUCCGGGGCUUUUGUUUUCCUACUUGGACAACUUUUUGCCAGCAUACCCUUCCUGUUUCUCAUAUCCAUACCAUCAAGUCUUGUCUUUUACUUUCUUGUUGGUCUGCGGAAUGAGUUCAGCUUGUUGAUGUACUUCGUGCUGAAUUCGUUUGCGUGUCUCUUAGUAAAUGAAGGCAUGGUAUUGUUUUUUGCAUCCAUCUGUCGAGAUAUCUUCUCGAGCAUCACGUCGUUGGUGGCAGUACACGUGGUGAUGAUGCUUUCUGCUGGCUAUUUCAGAAACAGGAGUGAUUUGCCAGGAGCUGUUUGGACAUACCCUAUAUCGUAUAUAGCAUUCCAUACGUACUCUGUCCAGGGAGUGUUGGAGAAUGAGUAUAUCGGCACGUCUUUCGCUGUGGGGCCUGAGAGGAGCAUAUCCGGUGAAGAAGCGAUCCAGAACGUCUAUCAAAUAUCAGGGGACAGCAACGCCAAAUGGAAGCAUUUGUUGGUAUUAUUUAUUAUGGCUGUUGUUUACCGUGCUUUUGCUUAUGUAGUACUGAAAAUCUGUGGCUGGAGAAAUGUCUCUGGGCAUAGACUUCUUCACUGUAAGAAACGUACAAAUAAUCCAUAAUGAAUGUAUGGAAACUUACUCUUUGAAUGUGUAUUUAUAACAAAUGCCAUCAUUUAGUUCAAGUGGUUUUUUGUUUCAACAUCUUGAUUU